CCUCCUCCUCCUCCCCUCCCCCCGGCCGGGAGGAGCCUGCCUGAAAGCCGCCGGGCAGGCACAAGCCGAGCAGCCCUCCCUCCGUCGCGACCGGCCGGUUGCUUGCAGAAAGAAGCGAGGCGCCCGCCGCCUGCCAUGCCCGCGCUGCCGCAAGGGGGGAUCCGUGCUGCCGGGAGACAGACCCGUCGGGUAGGCGGCUGAGGAGCGUUUUAAGAAUGGGGGGCACCCGAUCUCUUCGCAUCCUGCACACACGCCCCACCUCUGCUUUGCUCCGGGGACCGGAGUCUCUCUCUCUGCGCCCUUUUGGAGGCCGCCUUGCUUGAGCUGGGCCCUCCUUUGCAAAACGCUGGCCUUUGUGCGUGCGCGCGCGCGGCCGAUUCCCCCCUUCCCCCGGCACUCCUUCCAUCGAAAAUUCUGGCUUUUUGCGCGUGUGCCCUCUUGGCUGGAUUGCAAACCUUUCCACCCCACCUCCCGCUUCCUUAACAUCGAUUUCCCACCCCACACAUGAUCUAAUAGAUCGGUCCCACCUCCGGAGCAGAGGGUGCGUGUGUGAACCCCGGUGUGGGGUGCCUUUUCCUUCUGGAGAGGAAGUGGGAAGGGUGCGGAGGUGAUGAGGGAUGCGAGACGAUGGCCUCGGAGCGCCGCUCCGGUUUGCAGGAGAGCCGGCGGUGGCGGCGGCGGCGGCGGCGAUUCCUCUGCUGCGUCCAAACCGGCGGUGGCGACGGCGGCACCGUAACCAGUGAUCGGGUCCUUUCCUUGCAGAAAGCAAAGCGGAGCGGCCGGAAUUACACCCCCGUCUAAUUCUCCGACCCGCCCCCUCUCACAUUCUUGCUGUUUAAAAUAAAACGGGGGGAAGCAACCCACGCUCUUCUCCACCCCCCUUCAGUUUUUCUCUGAUGAAAAUGGAUCCGGAUUUGCUAAUGACUCUUUCCGAUCCAGGGGCCAAAUCGGAUCGAGAGCCGCCGUUGCUGACUCUGGGACCUCUCCCCAAUGGAAAAUACUUCUUCCUGGAGCCCCGAAGAGGAGCUGCUUUGCCCAGUCCCGAGCUCGUCCUCCUCUCCCGGGAAACCCCCGCCGGGCACUCCGCCUUGCUCUUGCCGGGGGACGGGAAGCCCUUGGCCCUGGAGCGGGUCCUGAACGGGAUGAAGUUGGCCAAGAUGGACCCCCGCCAAACCUUGUUCCCCGACGGCCCCCUUGAAUUUUUGUACCGCGUGGAGAAGGAGCAGGAGAUGGGCCCAAUCAGCGACGGGCAAACCGAGCCAGGUGUGGGAGAUAAUCAUAACGAUCCGGAUUGCCCCGGGGAAGGCUUGGAUGUGAGACUUGCCCCUGUCCGGGAGGCCCUGGCCUUUGAGGAAAGCACAACGUGGAGGGAAGAGGAGCAGUUGGCCUCUUGCUCUUUAGGCCAGGCUGAGUCUCUCGUUCCUCAGGAUUUACAAGUGGUUGCAGAGGAGUGGCGUGAAGGAGAUCCUCAGGAGGCCUUACCAGUCAGGGAGGGCUUGGUCUUGGCUGGUGUGGAGGAGGGCCCCUUGGACAGGCUCCUUCCAAGCGCUCCUUGGACUCUAGAUAUGGAUAGUUGCGAGGCCCAAAGCUGUCAGCAGAGGCCUUUGUUGAGGCCCUUGGACUUGGCGGUUGCUCCCCAGAUGGGCCUGGGAGUGGACCUGUUUCCUUCUUUGGGUUCUCCCAAUAAUCUUAGCCCACCUCUUGAAUUUGGCCACGCUGAACACAUAGAGGAUGAGUCUACGAGUUCUCUGGAUGAUGCUCCCCUGCUUCAGGCUGUCUUUGAUACCCUGGAUGGCGAUGGUGAUGGCUUUGUCCGGAUCGAGGACUUUGUCCAGUUUGCAACAGUCUACGGAGCAGAGCAGGUGAAGGACCUGACCAAAUUCUUGGACCCCGCCGGACUUGGAGUGAUCAGCUUUGAAGACUUCUGUCGAGGAAUCUCUGCUAUCAGAAAUGGAGCAGAUCCUGACAAUCAGCUCUGCACUAUGGGAUACACCCAUGAUGAGCUGCCGACUGCCUGUCCCGAUGAGUUUGAUGAUUUUGUCACAUUUGAGGCAAAUGAAGUGACGGACAGCGCGUACAUGGGCUCGGAGAGCACCUACAGCGAGUGCGAGACUUUCACGGAUGAAGACACCAGCACGCUGGUCCAUCACGAGAUGCACGAUGAAGUAGAGACGGACAGUGCAAUCGAUUCCACGGUGCACUCGGAGUUCACGGACCCUGUUGAGGAGCCGGAGAACAACGGAUCCCACCCUCAUGACCUGCCCUUGACUUCGGACAUUAACAACCACUCCAUUGUCACUGUAAUUAGUGGGGAAGAGCACUUUGAGGACUACGGGGAAGGGAAUGAGGUGGAUCUCUUCUCGGACAGCUUGUGCAACGGAGAAAGUGGCUUCAGCAGUUCAUCUUUCCUCUCUCCGAGCACCAACCCACUUGCGGCGAAGCUGCACAGCAUUCUCGCUGACGAGGCGUUUGAGUUUUACUGUACCCAGUGCCACAAACAAAUUGAUCGCCUCGAGGACCUUUCUGCUCGCCUAAAUGAUCUUGAAAUGAAUAGCCCAAAUAAGAGGUUCUCAAGCAAGAAGGUAGCCAGGCAUCUGCAUCAGACGGGAACCCUCACAGUGGAUGCUAUGGAGGAACCUUACCGGAACAACACGGAGUGCCUGGAAGAGGAUAUCACUGAUAAGGUGAUCUUCCUAGAGAAAAGGGUGAUCGAGCUGGAAAAGGACACAGCUGCCAAUGGGGAGCAGCACAGUCGGUUAAAGCAGGAAAACCUCCAGUUGGUGCACAGAGCGAACGCCCUGGAAGAGCAGCUGAAGGAGCAAGAGCUGCAAUCGGAUCAGGCCCUCAUGGAAGAGAUCCGAAAACAGCGGGAGAUGCUUAGCAAGAUGGAACGGGAGAAGAGCAUUGAGGUCGAGAACCUCCAAGCCCGGUUACAGCAGCUGGACGAUGAGAAUGGCGAACUCCGGUCCUGCGUCCCUUGCCUGAGAGCCAAUAUUGAGAGGCUAGAGGAGGAGAAGCAGAAGCUGCUGGAUGAAAUAGAAGACCUCACGGUGCAGCUGAACGAGGAGCAGGAGAGCAAGAGGAAGCUGGGGGACAAGCUGACCCAGGAGAGGCACCAGUUCCAGAAAGACAAGGAAUUGACCCAGGAGCUGAUUGAGGACCUCCGGAGGCAGCUGGAGCACCUGCAGCUCUUCAAGCUGGAGGCGGAACAGCGAAGGGGCCGGAGCAGCAGCAUCGGCCUGCAGGAAUACAACAGCCGGACGCGGGAGACAGAGCUGGAGCAAGAGAUCAGGCGGCUCAAGCAGGAUAACCGAAACCUGAAGGAACAGAACGACGAACUGAAUGGGCAGAUCAUAAACCUCAGCAUUCAAGGCGCCAAGAACCUCUUCUCUGCUUCUUUCUCUGAAUCUCUGGCUGCAGAAAUCAGCUCGGUCUCCAGAGAUGAGCUCAUGGAGGCGAUUCAGAAGCAAGAAGAGAUCAAUUUCCGACUCCAAGACUACAUCGACCGGAUCAUUGUGGCCAUCAUGGAAACCAACCCAUCCAUCCUGGAGGUCAAGUAGGAGGCUGGGAGCUUGGCAGCCCUGAAUUAACACCUGGGUGUGGUGGACUGUGCCACUCUGUGGAGGGGAUGCUGGCAAAAGUCUUCGCUCUCCUGCAAAGGAGGCGCGGGAAGCCUCACGGCGUGAGACUGCUUGGGUGAUGGAUCUUGGUGGACUUGCGGGAGAGAGACCCGGCUGUUGAGCCUGGCUGCGCUGACCGACUCCAGUGGGUUUUGGAGCUCCUCUGGCUUGCAGGGGCCUGUCGGGGUUUGGGGGGUGGGCAAAAGGGAACCUGGAGCAAAGGAGGCAAGGGGCCAAACACAGUGGGGAAAAGGGGUGUGGGGAGUGGGGGCGCGCACCAGCCCCUGUGGCGGGAGUGUCGCAGGCACUGAGCCGCAACUUGAAACCCCCUUCCCAUAAGCUCACAGCCCUGCCCCACACACGCAGAGGGUUAGAGGAAUCUGUCUGCGUCCCCCCCACCCCUGGAAAUGAUGAAAAUGAAGGGAAAUUCUAAAAUGCCUCCCUGCCUUGUCUUGCCCUCACACACGCAUCUCUCCCUGAAAGCUCUCCAGGGCACACACAUGGGUUGCACUCUGCGGCAUCUCCCUCCAGGAAGCUGCAUGCGCAGACUCCAAGAGGAGGAGUCGGCGCCACGAGACUUGCAGGUGACUUUCUUGUUGAACCAGCAGAAGGGGAAAGGAGGCUGCCUUUGGCCCUUGCCUUCUCUGAAAGAUGGGGCUCUCUGGUUUUUGUUUCUUUGCACCCAGCAAAAUACUUUAGGGAAGGGGCUGCUGCCUGUAGCUUUGUGUGUUCUUAGCGGGGGAGCCCUUUUUUUUUUGGCCAGCUGCCUUAAAAACCAUGGCUGGCGUGUUUCCCAUCAGAGGGUGCAGGGAGGUGAAUAAGUCCGGGGAGGUGGGGGAGAGGGACAUUCUGGCAUCGUGAUAAAAAAAAAAAUUGACUACUGACAUCCUCUGGAUGAAGACCCAGUAGUGGCUGAUGGUUAUGCUGCAGAACGUGGAGGGCAGCGGCGGGGGGGGGGAUGCUCAGCUGAUGAUACUGUAACGCUGGAGGCAGAGCUGUUCCCUUCCCUCCGUCCCCCCAUCAGGUGCAGCACUAACCGCUUCCCUCCACCUUCAUUGCACACCCUUCACCUGGUGGAUCUUGUUUUUCUUUUCUCAGCAGUUUUGUCACUUUCAGAUAGGACUUCUGACUUCUGUCCUAUGAAAAAGUGUUCUUUUGGGGAGGGUGGGGAGAAGGAGGUUAGAGACAAUACGGAGUGAGAGAAAGCUGCUGUUCAGCUGCUGACAUAACCACGUCUUGCUCCGCAGAAUGUCCUCUGUUCACUAGGAAUGAUGCUUGUGCCAUAAUAUCUGUUCCUCUGUCCAUACCAAGAGUUAUAUCUAAAAUGGUUAAAGCUGGCAGAAUUUUGGAUUGUUGGCUUAAUUUUACAUCCCUUCUGGGACGACAUGAGAGAGACAGACAUGUCAAUUCUUAGUUCUUUAUUCCUUCCUCCCUCAGCCUGGUUUAAACAAAAUAAAAAUCGUAUCGCCAGCAUAAUUUGAAAAACAUAAGCAGAUCCGAACACACGGUUAAGUCGCCUACCGUCCCCACCCCAAAUUGAAUGGGAAGAUGUUGAUUUUUCUCAUACCAAAAAGGUAUGCUGUCUCCACAGAACCAAAGUGUUGAGGGCUUGUCUCUCUCACGUGUUCCUCUCUCUCUCUUGCUCCAUAUAUACUAAAUUUGGCUGUUGGGUUUGGUUUUAAAUCAUGUUUUGUUUGGGGUUUCUUCUUUUUUAAUGGCACAAUUGGGGAACAGGGAAGGUGGAGUGUAAACCUGUAGCUGAUGGAUCCUGCUUGUGCUGUGGCUUAGUGUGUAGAAAACAUUCAGGAAUCCCAAGAGAAGGCACUGAUUGGCCAGUACCUGGGAUCCUGACGAAGGUUUGGCUCUGGAGUGGAGCUGAGAGUUCUGAGCUUUUUAUGGGUGCCUUCUCUGUCUCUCUCUCUGACCUCCUCACCCCCUCUCCUAAAGCACACGCCCAAAACAAUCAUGCUACUCUAGGCACAAGGAAAAUGGCAGCAUCCCUAAUGCUUGCCUGAGCCCCCUAAGUAUCUAGUUCUCAUGGAGAGCAGAAGUGGGUGGUGAUGGCUGACUAAUCUUCUUCCUUGAAAGCAUAAGGUGCUUGAGUUCUGGGCCCCCUGAUGUACAGUGAAAGCCACACUCCUGUUUUUUUUUAAUUCAAAAGCGCACCAAAGUUAGUGCCCCAGUCCAAGGCCACUGGGUUUUGUUCUGUUGAGCUUGGUUGCAUUUAUCGAGAUUACCAGGAUGAUUUGCAGGACCUUGGCCAGAUGAUGUGGAACUAUGUUUUUAAAAAAUGAUUGUAGUCAGUGGAUUUGGGCUCUGUAAUUUCCAGCUGGUUCAAGGGGGGGGGUUGAGGACCACAGGUGCACAAAAGCAGUCCCAGGCAGCAGUUGUCCAAACCCAAACACCCCUACACGUUUAUCAUCUUGCUGUGUUCCCCAUGCACCCCUGGAAUCUGGAGAAAGAAUCCACAUAUUGUACAUUUGCAGAGGACUCUUGGGUGUAAAUCAGUGUACAGUUGGAGAGGGAAAGAUUUUUCUUUUCUUUUUCUACCUUUGUAGAGUUAGUUAUUUUUUAUAGAUUGAAGGCUGAUCGGUUUUUUUAAUACUUCUGGGGAAAAAUAAGAGCAAUGUAUCUGUGUAUACACGUACACACACAUAUAUGUAUAAUGUACAAAUCUAUAAAUAAGCAGAUCUGCCUUUCUUGACUUGGGCACCAUCGUCCACGAUAAAACACACACACUCCUCUCCCAGCCUCCCGGUUGAUCACAAAGAGGUACUGUAAUGUAAAUAGUCACGGGGGGGGGGGAGAGAAAUACGAUAAUAAACCAACAAAAUUGAAGCACUGGCUUGCACACAACAUUAAUUUCCUGAGGAAAACUGUUCUUCCCUGCUGGUAUGUGAAGGAAUUUCCAGAAUGAGGCAAAACAGUAUUUUUGUCUAAAUGGAUGUACUGACUCUUGUCUGAUUAAAAGCUGUUACCAUCUC